GCCCCAUUGCGAUGAGUUGGAAGCUCGCAAAGGAAUAACAAGAGUGUCUCAAAUUGACUGACGUGGUUAGCCCACAGUGGCGAUUGACCGCGAAUCACCUGAACUUUUUGUCAGUGCAUAAAUGAAAUUUUGGUGAAAUUAAGUGUAUAAGCUCAACACGAGCUUCGUCUAGCGAAAUCCUCAAAAUUUCUUUAUUCUUUCCACAAAUAUACAUCGAUCGUUGUGUUUUUACUGUUCCCAACAAAAUAAUUUGUGACAAUGGUAUUGUUCACGAUGAUCGCGAGGAUCCCUGAUGGGUUGCCACUCGCGGCCACAAUGCAGGAAGAUGAGCAGACUGGUAAAAAUAUUCUUGAGUAUCAGAAUCAAGCCAAGAUGUUAUUCAAAAAGCUCAGACCAGAGUCUCCUGCAAGGUGUACCAUAGAAACUGGUCCAUUUCUCUUUCAUUAUUUGAUCGAAAAUGAAGUCUGCUACCUAGUACUUUGUGAAAGGAACUGGAGCAAACGACUUGCCUAUAGUUAUCUGGAGGACAUAGCACAGGAAUUUCAUGCACAAUAUGGAAGACGCGUCAACACAGUCACAAGACCAUACACUUUUAUCGAAUUCGACACAUACAUUCAGAAAGCAAAGAAAGCCUUUUCGGAUGGACGAUCGAGAAGAAACAUGAAUGCUCUAAACAAUCAAUUGCAAGAUGUCCAAAGAAUAAUGGUCCAGAAUAUUGAUGACGUACUUCAAAGAGGAACGGUACUUUCAGAGCUCGACACGAAAACGCAAAAUUUGUCGAUGUUAUCACAGAAAUAUCGCAAAGAUGCGAGUCAUUUGAACAGCAAAUCGAUGUACGUCAAAGCAGUCGCCGGUCUCGUCGCGUUUCUCGUCUUCCUCCUUUAUUUCUUCAUCCUCUAGUCUCACGAAGAACUUCACCACAGGCCGAUAAAAGGGCAAUAAUUGCGUGUGUUUUAUUCGCGCAGCGUAUAUAUUGUGUCAUUUCGAUCGAGCUUCGUACAUCAUUCACUUUUUCCCCACCCGUUCUUUGCAAAGUUACUUGCGAGUAUCAGAUCCUUUUGGCGAGGGAGAAAAAUUCAAUAAGCACGUGAUAAGGAAGAAUUGUCGUUAUUUAGAUUCCAGAAAUGAUAUAUGGGAUGAAUUUGGGAGGUUGCGUCGGUGGAAUUCAAGGAAUGUCGCUUCCGGAAUAUCUCUCAGAAUUCUCGAGCAGAAUUUAUGUUACUCGGAGUAAAAUUAGUAACACAAUGGGGAUCGAGUUAAUUCGUGGAAUUUCAACGAUGUAAAUUUGAAUAGAAUUAUGUGAAAAUGGGACUUUUAUGUCGCGUCGACAAAAUAAACAUGGUGAAAGGUAGAUCAAGUUUAUAAAAAUGCAAGGUUGCAUGAUAAUAAUGCGAAAGUUUUCGUGGGACACUUCCUUCGUCCAUUCCUGAGAUAAUAUUACCUACGAAAGAUAUUUUUCACUGGCAAAUUUCUUUUUGUCGUGUACACUUUUUUGUUUCGUUUUGUUUUGUUUUUUUUUGUUACCUCUUUCAAUGUUCCGAGAUUUUGUUCGUCUGAUUUCGAGAACUAUGGGUCUAAGGCGAUACGAGGUGGAACAGCGGAGUUUGUAACCGAAGUUUUUUCCGGAUCCGAACGACCGUUCGUUCCAGUCUGCUCUUUGUAAACAGUUUUAAGGACAAAAUAAAUAUAUAUUUAUUGUCAAA